AGACAAUCGGAGAUCGGAAACUAUGGCCGGACGAGACCGUUAUCUUCCAUCGUCGGCAGUUUCAACUUCAUCAUCUUCAAGAUUAGUAGAAUCUCAAUUAAUCGAAUCCGAUCGAAAUCGAGCUCGAUCUGUAAUCCUCGAGGAUCGAAUCGCAAUUCAACACCGUGAAAUCCAAUCUCUUCUCAACGAUAACCAACGAUUAGCUGUGGCACACAUUGGAGUCAAAGACCAGCUCAAUUUAGCCAAGCGUGAGCUCGAACGGUUACUUGAAACCGCUGCUAAAGUUAAAGCGGAAGGAGAAGCUAAGGUGCGAGAGGUUUAUCAGAAUGCGUUGAGGAUGGAGGCGGAGGCUCGUGUGAUUGAUGGACUUGGAGCUGAGCUUGGUCAGGUUAGGUCUGAUGUACAGAGGUUAGCUAAUGAUAGACAGGAGUUAGCUACGGAGUUGGCUAUGCUUGAUGGUGAGAUGGUUAAAGCGAAACCGAAUUCGGAUCGAGCCAUUGAGGUUAAGGCGGAGAUUGAGAUUCUUAGAGGAGAAGUUCGUAAAGGAAGGGCUGCUCUUGAGCUUGAGAAGAAGACACGAGCUAGUAACCUUCACCAUGAACGCGGUAUGGAGAAGACUAUCGAUCACUUGAAUCGUGAGAUUGUGAAACUUCAGGCAGAAUUGGUUAAUCUGGAGACCAAAGCUAGAGAAGCAAAUGCAGAUGCUGAGGCAGCUCCAAACCCAAGCCCUGGAUUGGCUGCAAGUUAUGGAAAUACGGAAAACAUUUAUGGAGGUCAAUCCCGGCAAUACCCGGAGGCCAAUGGUUCUCACGAGGCACACCUCAUUUAUCUUCUAAUUUAACGUUAUCCCAAAUUUUGCGAUCUCAAAUUGAGCAAAGGGAGAACAAGAAGGGUGGCAUAUUUUGGUAACCUAUAUCAUUCGAAGAGGAUCAUAAUGUAUUCUUAAAAUACGAAACAAUAUAGCAAAAAUACCAUGAAACUUUAGAGGAAAAAGAAGAUAAACCUUAUCUUCCAGCGCGUGUGUGUCACGCUCUGUGUGUGUGUGUGUGUGUCACGCUCUGCGACUUCUCUCCCAGCCAAACCACACCGGAAAGCUCAGAUCUGCACCGCGAUUCGCCUCUCCGGUCACUGGCGCUCCUCGCCGUGGCUGUGAGAGGGACCCCCUUUGCCUCCUGCGUUGAUUGGGCACCUCCUCUCCGGCGAUUUGACGAGCAAUAGAAGACGGUUGUGUGUGGUUAGAUCUACGGUGACUCUUUUCUGCGGCUGAAAAGGCGUCGGCUUGUCUCUGCUCCCUUCAGUUAACAUGGCGAUUCCAUCUCACCGAAGAUCUAGCUCCGCCACAGGCUUGCUCAAGGACGGCGGCUAGGGCUGAGUUAGGUUUUUCUAAGGUGGCUCUCGGCAAGUUUUCCACGCUGCAUUUCUUUGUAGCGUGUCUCCUGGGUUUGUCUCAGGCGACGAUUAGGGUAUUCUCCGACAAGUGGUGAGUGAAAGGGGAUCAUUCUAAUCUCUUUCUCUUACCCUUUGGCGUGCGGCGGAUCUCCUCAGAAGGUUUCUCGACGGUGUUUCUUGCUCUGUCAGGGAUUGGUAAGCUUGCUUCUCCCUCCCUUUGUGAUUGCUGCUUGUUCUCCCGAUCUGCUCUCUUUGCUCCCGCCCUGUUGAGGUUCCGUUUGGCUCCCUGGUUCGUUGCCUCUUUUUGGAGUGUGAUGAUCUCUGUCGCUUGUAGUGCUUUGGUUUGGUGGUUAGUGAUUUGGUUGCAUUCCUCCGGCUAGUCCGAUUUAUAGCUUCUGUCCUCGUUGGGAUCUUUUCCAAAGUGUCUUUUUGGCGCUGUAAACUUGACUUUGUCCGAGAUCUGAUAUACUUAUGCAAGUUUCUUGUGAGUUUCGGCUGGAAGGAGUGGCUGUCUCUGCUUGAUCAUAGGAUUGAGGGCUGCCUUAGAUCGCAGAUUCGAUGGCAAUUCUCCACGCAUCUCUGGCCAUGUCGCACAAGUGUGCUCUGUUUUUGAUGUUCGGAUUUGUCUGCGGCCAUGUUUUGCUUCCUCAUUCUCAAGGCUCUCUUCCUUCAGCUAAGUGAAAGUUUGCGUGGCUCGUAAAGCUUCAGUUUUGGUCGGGUUACUCUGUGAUUGACCCUUGUGUUUUGGAGGUGUUAGUAUGGCUUUUGGAGGAUAAGAUGUUGCUCAUGUCCAUGCUACCGACAUCUGGAGGAUCUUAGUAGAGGACAGCAUUGCCUGCCGAUAUCAGCUCGUGUAGCUCCGCAACUGUCAUGACUCGGGCUCACGUUGAAGGGACUUCCGCUCCGCUUUGCGUCAAUCUAAUGUUUAGCCAAUCCUUUUCUGCUCUUGCUUUCUGCCAUGUUUUUGCUUAGGGGAGUCUUCUUAUCGAGUUCACUUCAUAGUCUUUUACCAAGAGCUUCACCGCUUAAGGUUUUAGUCGAUGAUUUGAUUUUCGAAUGUCUAUGCUUCCAUGUUUUUUAAACUUUUUUGGCAUGGGACCAUGUUUUUAGGAAUUACUUAUGUAAAACCUCAACUUUCAUUUCUUGAAA